AUGGUUGCCACUUCUGUGAAUCGUACUGCUCUGCACCCUGGUGGUGUCCAGCCUGGCAAGGGUCACACCGAGCUGGAGGAGGAGCUGCACGAGACUGCGCACAUUGACUAUGACAGAGUCGCAAUUAUUGCCAACCCCGCUGUUGCUGCCCUUUACGAAGAUGCCCUCGUCUACGAGACUGGUACCGCUAUCACUUCCACCGGUGCUCUGACUGCCUACUCUGGCGCAAAGACUGGUCGUUCCCCCUCCGACAAGCGUAUUGUCAAGGAGGAGUCCUCUGAAAACCAGAUCUGGUGGGGACCCGUCAACAAGCCCAUGACCCCUGAUGUCUGGCGUAUCAACCGUGAGCGCGCUGUCGACUACCUAAACACCCGCAACCGCAUCUAUGUCAUCGAUGGUUACGCCGGCUGGGACGAGCGUUACCGCAUCAGCGUCCGUGUUGUCUGUGCUCGUGCCUACCAUGCUCUGUUCAUGCGCAACAUGCUCAUCCGUCCCUCUAAGGAGGAGCUGGAGCACUUCCACCCCGACUAUGUUAUCUACAACGCCGGUUCUUUCCCCGCCAACCGCUUCACUGAGGGCAUGACCUCUGCCACCUCCGUCGCCAUCAACUUCGCCGACAAGGAGAUGGUGAUCCUGGGUACUGAGUACGCCGGUGAGAUGAAGAAGGGUGUCUUCACCGUCCUCUUCUACGAGAUGCCCGUUAAGCACAACGUCCUGACCCUGCACUCUUCCGCCAACGAGGGCCAGAACGGUGAUGUUACCGUUUUCUUCGGUCUGUCCGGAACCGGCAAGACCACCCUGUCUGCCGACCCCAAGCGCAAGCUGAUCGGUGAUGACGAGCACUGCUGGACCGACACUGGUGUCUUCAACAUCGAGGGUGGCUGUUACGCCAAGUGCGUUGGUCUCUCCGCCGAGAAGGAGCCCGAUAUUUUCAACGCCAUCCGCUUCGGUUCCGUUCUGGAGAACGUUGUCUUCGACCCCGUCAGCCGCAACGUCGACUACGAUGACUGCACCCUCACUGAGAACACCCGUUGCGCUUACCCCAUCGAGUACAUUGAGAACGCCAAGAUCCCCUGUAUCAGCGAGAACCACCCCACCAACAUCAUCCUGCUGACUUGCGAUGCCCGCGGUCUCACCCCCGAGCAGACCAUGUUCCACUUCAUCUCUGGUUACACCUCCAAGAUGGCCGGUACCGAGGAUGGUAUCACUGAGCCCCAGGCCACUUUCUCCUCUUGCUUCGCCCAGCCCUUCCUGGCUCUCCACCCCAUGCGCUACGCUACCAUGUUGGCCGAGAAGAUCAAGCAGCACAAGGCCAACGCCUGGUUGCUCAACACCGGCUGGUACACUCGUGCCAUCCUGGAUGCCAUCCACAGCGGCGAGCUCGCCAACGCCCCCUACGAGACCUACGAGGUCUUCAACCUGCCCGUCCCCACUGCCUGCCCUGGUGUCCCCUCCGAGCUGCUCAACCCCCGCAACAGCUGGACUGCCACUACCUCCUUCAAGGACGAGGUCAACAAGCUCGGUGGCCUCUUCAACGAGAACUUCAAGAAGUACUCCGACGAAGCCACCCCCGAGGUUCUCGCUGCCGCUCCCCAGACCAUUUAA